CCCGUUCCCGGCGGGGCUGGCUGCGGAGCGGGGAUCGGGUUCUGCCUCCGGACGGCCGCCGGCCCUGGGACACGCAGGUGAGCCGCAGCGACCGGCCAGCGGCUCCGCUCCGCGCUCCGGCGCCUCCUGCCCCCGGCACAGCGCAUCCAUCCUUUCCCCCGCAGGCUCCUCCCGGAGAAAGACGGAUUCCCGUCGAGUCGCUGCCAUGGCCUCCGUCCCGUCCGCCGGCUGCCUCCUGGCCAAGAACCAGUACUACAGGACAAGACUGAACUCAGAAUCCAGCGUUUCUUCCAGCUCCUCCUGCUGUUUGGAUGCUGUGAACAUCACAGACCAGGACAAAGCAUUGCAUGGGUUACCAGAGUUAAUUGAUAAACAUUGGUGGAUAAAAAGCUUCUUCCAUAGUGAACCCUCUCCACCAGCUGUUGGCAGAAAAACACUCUCAGCAAGCAGUACCAACAGUUGAAAAGGACAGCAUGAUGGCUUUUCUGACUGAGAUGCUACGUACGGACUUGUUUUUCCAAGAGGCUUGGGAUCUUCCUAAUGUCUGGGUUCAGCUGCAAGAAGAAAACAAAACCUUUAGGAGAGUGGAAAAGUAUAUUUUCAAAAUAUUUUUUCAGUAGCUAAAAUGAUAUUGCUUAAUGGACAUAUCCAUGGCCUCUUCUGUUCUUUCCAGAUUUGCCAUAAUUUGUGAUGUCUCUCUAAAGAAAGUUUCCAGGAAUAAACAUCCUGAUGACUUGAAUAAUUAGAGAAAAGUGACAGAAAAAAUAAGACAUCAUAGAUUUAGGAGGAAGAUGUCUAUUGAAUGACUUUGAAAUAGGUGAUUCAGUUAAGUUGCCUUUAAGAUACCAGCUCUAUAGGCAGCACACUGAUGUAAACAAGAUUCAGAUCUGUAAUCCAGAGUAGGACUGUUGCCCGAUCUGAAGAGAACACAAAACAACCGGAGUUGCUUUAUGAGGUGCUUUAUUAGGGCCCGGGAGCCUGAGGACUUUCGUCCAAAGUCAGAGCCCCAUUUUGCCACAGAAUCUGCAGGGUUUAUAUACCUUUCUUAAAAUGAUUGCUUCAUUUAAUCUAUAUGCAUCGCUAAGCAUCUUUAACAAAUGUCAUGAUGCACCCAGCAAAUCCCUGCAUGCCUUUAGAGAUAGCAUACAGAGAUUUAUUAGGUACACCAUGACACCCGUUACUUAGCCAGAAGGUGCAUUCCAUAGAUAAGGUUUGGUACAUUCCCUAGAUAACACAUCCUCUCGAUCUACCAUGCACUAAAGUUCACUUAAAGUUUACCGGGCCUACUGCGGCCUUAGCAUAACUACUGCUACUCAUGCUAACUAUUAUAUUGCUUCAUUAAUCUAGACAUCUAUCUAUUAACUGGAAUAUGAUUUUCAAUAAUUUUCGAACUUCUGCAACAAGUCCCCCCUUUUGAGCAUUCUUCAGAUCUUCUGCAAGGAUGCUCAACCUUCAGCUUCAGUUCUUCUAGGAAGGGCCACCUCUUCGUAUUUAGGCUGGGGAAUUCCCAAUCCAUAGUUUCUUCCUAUUUCUUUUACCAAUCUUCGGGUUCGUCUUGUUUCUUUGGUUAUUAUUCCUAAAACACAUCUCUAUGCUAUCCAAGCAACUAUUAGUACAAUUACAAACAACAGUACAUAUUGCAACAUUGACGAUAUCCAACCAGAAACCUGAAGCCCCAUUGAGUCUAACAAGGCUCCUAUCCAAUUGUGCUGGGCCUCUUUUUCGAUUUCUUUUGUUCCAGAUUCGACUGUUUCUAGUUGGGAGAUAUCUUUCUCUACCUCAAUUGUUACAUUUGGGAUAUGGAUGAAGCAGUGAUCAAUUCUUUUGUUUAAGUACCCACAGACUCCAUGUUCUUUCAAUAGCAGCAUGUCUAGAGCCAUUCUAUUUUGGAGCGUCAUAUGGGAAGUAGCCUGCAAUUGUAGGUUCAGGUCUGUGAACCCUUUUCUAGUUGCUAAUGCCAAUCUCUCUGUUUGUCCCAGUAACUUAAACAACAUUUCUCUAUUUCUAUAUGUGGCUAUUGGUGCAAAUAAAGAUUCUAAUGCCCAUCCAAA